UCACCACGUCCGAUUACCGGUCUUCUUCCCUGCCCGAUGCGAUCACGUGGUUUAUCUCGCUCGGGCCAAGAGGGACCCGCUUGCAAUUGCUUCCGUACCGCCGCGUUCUUGGCUCUGACGCCGACGAGCCCAAUUCUCACAACAAGCGUGCUUCGACAAUGAGCUUCUCGCGCACGCUUGCUAGGCGGGCGGCAUGGGCCUCAUCUCAGCCCCGUCAUCAGCUUUCACUUCCUCCUCUGCUGCUCCAGGGAGCUGUGACAGCGAGACUUGAGCCCCUGCGUGGAGCGGCACGGCUCGCAUCUGUCGCUGCACCCCGCUUGAUCGGCUCUACUGGCCGCAGGCUGCUCUCUGUCACCGCGGCGCGAGGCUCGAAAAGCGAAGCUGCGCUUCAUGCUCGACGAAGCAUGCUUUACGUUCCUGGAAGCUCGGAGAAAAUGAUCAAAAAGAGCCAGCAAAGUGAAGCAGACUGCAUCAUCUUUGACCUCGAGGAUAGUGUCGCUCCUCAUCGCAAGGGAGCUGCCCGAGAGCUGGUCCUACACGCCCUAGAUGCUGCGCCACGGCCGGGGCCAGAGCUUGCUGUUCGCAUCAACCCACCCUCGGGCGAUCGCAGCCUGUCCAACGACGACCUGGACAUCAUCUUGCCCAGUCAGCAGCUGGAGACAAUCGUUGUGCCAAAAGUGGAGCACGAAGAUGACAUCUUCUUUAUCCUCGACAAGGCGCGACACCUUCGGUCAGACCACCGGCAGCUCUCGCUAGUUCUCUCCGUCGAGAGCGCCGCGUCGUUACUGCGCAUGCCGAGGAUCAUUGAAGCGAUCGAAUCCGAAAACAAAAAGGACCAAGAACCGCCGCAUGCCGUUGCGGCUGCCCUACUAUUCGCGAGUGAGGACUACUGCGCUGCUACGGGUAUCAUCCGGACAAAGGAAAGACGGGAGCUGCUCUUUCCUCGGGCGCAGAUGGCCACCGUCGCAAAGGCUUACGGUCUGCAGGCCAUCGAUAUGGUCUGCAUCGACUUCAAGGACGUGACCAAUCUCCAGGAGGAAGCGCUCGAAGGGCGUCACCUGGGCUACGACGGCAAGCAGGCCAUCCAUCCCGCGCAAGUGACCGACAUCCAGAGAGCUUAUUCGCCUUCUGAAAAAGAUAUUCUCAAGGCUGCUCGGAUCAAGGCUGCAUACGAAAAGUCAGUUCGAGACAACAAAGGUGCCGUGGGGCUCAAGGAGGGCGAGGGCAUUAUCAUGAUCGACGCGCCCAUGCUCAAGCAAGCAGACGCCAUCUUGACAAAGGCACACGCUGGCAACUUGCCGAUUCCAGAUGUAUCACAGGAGUUUGCUUCAUGAUGAAUCAGAACAAUCUCGGUUCCAGCCCUCGUCAAGCAGCCACUGGCUGACAUGCCGAUCCUUGGCCGGUAGGUGGCAGAACGGUAUGGCUGGUCCAAUUGCCCACGCGGUCGAGGGACACGAGCAUCUCUUCUCAUGGUCACUCUCACUCUUGCAAUGGUCUUGAAACCU